AUGGCAACAAUAACUAAAGCAGAGCUCCUUUCCUUAAUUUCAGAUAUUUUCCGUAAAAAUCCUGAUGACGUCUCCAUUGAAGCAUUACGUGUUUUAGUCCGCCUCCUCACAAAUAUUCAAAUGAAUCCCACAGACCCUAAAUUUCGAUCCAUAAAGAAAACAAAUGAAACAAUUCAAAAAAAGCUUCUCCCAUGCGAAGGAGUUUUACCACUAAUUUAUGCAAUCGGCUAUAAAGAUAAAGGUGCUGAAUUCCUCACAAUUAAAGAAAAAUUAGAUAAUAUUAAGCUAUGCUUAGAAGCUAUUGAAGAAAUCAAAGAACUAAGACCUGGAAGCGAUUUUGGAAGAGACAGCUCAACACCAAACACUCCAAUUGGAGGUAACAGCCAAAAAAGUUUAGAAUCUGCAUCAAUAACAGACCAAUUGCAAGCUUAUAGAGUCCAACAAUCAUCACCUUUGUCAUCACUUCCAAAAUCGCCUGAAAACAUAGAAAAACCUCCUACUAAAGUAUCACCAAAUAAAAGAACAGGAAGGGCUCAAGAAGCCAAACAAGAAGAGGACCAUGAGCCUGAUUUCAAAUUAGAAUGGUCAGGAAGCUCAUAUGAUGGCCCUAUAAAGGAUGGCUGGUUUGAAGGGUUUGGCAGGUUUAGGUUUCCAAAAGGAGUUGUAUAUGAAGGAGAAUUCCAUAAAGGCGAGUUUCAUGGAAAAGGGACUUUAAUUUUCCCGAAUGGGGGAAGAUAUAAGGCAUCUUGGGAUAGAGGCAGAGCUGUUGAUGGGGAAUAUGAGUAUUAUGAUGGGCUAAAAUAUAAUGCUCAGGACUGGAAUUAUUGUAAAAUUCCUGAUAGAAGGUUUUAUACGGAAAUUAAAGAAGGGUUAAGACCGGCUGGGGCGACUUUGAUUGUAAAUGAUCCUCAAGGUCCUAAUGAAAUACCUCCUGGAACAUAUGACAUUGGAGAAGGGUAUUAUGAUCCAUCAGUAAAAGCUGCUUAUUCAUAUGAAGGAGAAGAGCUUGAAACACCAAUGGACAGCGAUUUGAUAGAUAUUCUCAAAAAGUAUAGGUAUAAUCCUGCAGAGGUUCAAGACCUUUCUGAUGAGGAAGAUUUAUUAGUUUAA